CUGAGCAGGGCCCGGGAAGAGCCUGACUGGCUCCCUGAAGCCGCUGAGGCGGCUUCGCCGGGACGCACUUCCGCGACCGCGGAGGGAGGCGCGGCCAGAGGCUGCUCCGAGUGGGCGAGCAGGGUGCUCGAGACGUGAGGACCCGGCCCACAUUAUCUCUGCUUUGUGUGCGGCUGUGCACCGGUAUCAUCUGAUUCUGGAGGAGCAGGUACACUAACAGGAAUCGGUGGCACAGGACACUGUUUGGAACGAUACCAAUUACUUUGAAAUUUGUGACCGUACUGUUCACGCCGACUUGCCAUGGGCUGCCGAGAUGUGCACGCGGCCACAGUGCUCUCCUUCCUGUGUGGCAUUGCCUCUGUAGCAGGCCUCUCCGCGGGGACUCUGCUUCCCAAUUGGAGGAAACUGAGACUCCUCACGUUCAACAGAAACGAGAAGAACCUGACCGUUUACACCGGCCUGUGGGUGAAGUGUGUCCGGUACGAUGGGAGCAGCGACUGCCUGAUGUACGACCGCACCUGGUACCUGUCUGUGGACCAGCUGGACCUGCGUGUCCUCCAGUUUGCCCUGCCUCUCAGCAUCCUGAUCGCAAUGGGUGCCUUGCUGCUCUGUCUGAUUGGAAUGUGUAACACGGCCUUCAGGUCCUCGGUGCCUAACAUCAAACUGGCCAAGUGUCUGGUCAAUAGUGCAGGCUGCCAUCUGGUGUCUGGACUCCUGUUUUUCCUGGCCGGCACUGUGAGCCUCUCCCCAUCCAUCUGGGCCAUCUUUUAUAACACUCACCUCAACAGGAAGUUUGAGCCGGUCUUUGCCUUUGACUAUGCGGUGUUUGUCACUAUCGCUAGCUCAGGGGGUCUGUUUAUGACCGCACUUCUUCUGUUCGUUUGGUACUGCGCGUGCAGAUCUCUGCCCUCGCCGUUCUGGCAGCCGCUGUACUCUCGCGCUCCCGGUGUGCACACUUACUCUCAGCCCUACUCAUCGCGCUCCCGCCUCUCCGCCAUAGAAAUCGACAUUCCAGUCGUUUCACAUAGCACUUAA